CUAACUUAAAUUGACAACAAUGAUACUGAAACGAAGUAAACUCUAACCCACCCUCUCCUAAACCUUAGUCUUAGCCUUUCUUUAUUUUAUACUUCUGGUAUAAAUUUUACACAUUUACACUUAUAAAGUCGCCCGCUGAGUUACAUCACAUUGAUUAUACAAGCAACAAUGUGAGUAAAAUAUUCUCAUGUUUUUAAAACCAAUGCCAGGCUGUUACACUUUAGUAUGUACUGAGUACUGUCUGUAAAUCUCCUAUUUCAGGCUCAGAAUCACUGAUCAGUGACAAGUCACAGUGACAGUGAGUGUGUCAACUCGAGUUGAGUCUCAGGAAUGAGUAUGACUGAAUGAAUGUUAUUUUAUUUCAGGACAAUGCAGUAUUAUUAUGUUCGUCCUUCGAAUAUGACCAAGUUUUCGACUUGAGUAGUAGUAGCCUUGUCUUGUGUGCUUAACUGUAUUUUGUUUUUAAAGUGAGGGAGAGUUGCUCAAAUUCAAAUGUCAAAUGAAUGUUAGCCCCACUCCCUCUCUUGCCUAUUUAUUUGUUCAAAUGGCCAUGACAAGAAAUAGACCAGGAUGCAGUGGAUUAUCAGCAAUGUUUCACUGUGCUCUUAUGCAUUCCAGGAGUUUUAUUGUGUAAAUGCUAUGGCACCUAUAAUAGCCUAUAUAGUGUAUAGAACCCCCAACUCUGGAUUUAAUUUCAGAGUUUGCCUUUUCUUAGAUGAGUUGCCAUCCAAGUUUAAUGAGUCCCAUCCACCUGGUUCUUGCCUAGGGUUUUGCUGGAAUUUGAACUCCAGUCCACAAACUUGAGAUUGCCUCAGUUUAAACCACUCUGCCACCCAAGAGUUAAUUAGAGUCAUUCCCUGAUUGGAUCAUUCUUGAUCUGUAAAUCAAGUGCAAGUGUAACUAGUGUAAGCUACUAUACUGUAAGUAGACUAGGCCAGGUCAAACUCAAGUUAUUAGUACUAAUACUAGUUGUACAAUAAUAUAAUUUUAAUAUUCAAGCCUGUUUUUCAUAUUUCAUAAGCCCCUGCUCAUAGUUUUGGUUGGGAAAAGCCUGAAAAUUUUAUUAAAUGGCUCACAAGUAACAAAUUGAUCCCAUAAAGUAAUAUACCAGCCCACCCAAUAGAGAAUAAAGAAAAUAUGUUACUUUUAUAAAUUAAAUAAGUCACAUUAUAAGUGUCUUUGAUUACUUUGAAUAGCAGUAGUUCUAUGUCACUGAGAGAGAAUAAUAGUAAUACUAUUAAUGGUAACCUAUAUGCUUAUACUUAUCUUAGUUAUCUGUUGUCAGAAAAGACUCACGACUGAGCUAAACUCACACAUUCAGCUUACAAGUCCAGAUCAAGUGAGUAAACUAAGCAAGUGAGACUUGGAUGUUUGAAGUGACCCACUGAGUCACUCAUUCAAGUCAACAUAAUGAAGAGAAUGAUACUUAGAUGACUAGUUUAACUAAAGAGGAUUCUCUACUGUACAGGCCGGAACUUGAAGAGUGAUAAAUAAUUGUAUUAUUUAGAUUAGGAUCUUUUAUUUUCAUUUCUUGUUUUUCUGUUUUCCAGUAACGGGUACCAGGAAUUGAGUGACACAAAAAUAUAUGAAGUUGGUGCUAUCAAGUAUGGGAAUUCUAAUAAUCUGACCUUGUUAAACUGCUUUCCAAGAAAUUGUGAACAUUGCUCAUAUUUGACUGAUAGCUAUGAUGUCAUGGCCUCGGGGUCAAGAGCAGGUAAUUAGCUUGAUGGACAGUUAUUCUUGUCAUGAUAAGGGUUUCACCGUUUCUGAUAUUUUUUAAAAAUUUAAUUUUAAGAAAAGUUCAUUUGUUCCUAAAUAUGCAUUAAAAAAAUAACAACUCAUAAAUGUUAAUAAAACUGCAACUUAAACAAGGCCUAAGAUCAGCUUGAUCAGGACAAAGUCUUUCUAUUAAAGUUAGGACAGAAAGAUAUAAAAAUUAUUUUUUUCCAUAGUCUGUACAAAUUUACCAGCAUGCUCCCCCAGCUAUUACCACAUCUAAAUGAUCACUAAAUAAGUCAUUAUUGUCACUCAAGGAGCUCAUCGAUGGCAGAUUUUUUACACUAGAGAAAUGCUUUAGAUGUCUUGUGUUUAAAUUGUUAUAAUUAUAAAAUGUCUUGGUUAAAAUAUGUUUUUAUUUAUGUGCUGAAAUUAAUAUGUACAAUAUAAUUUAAAAAAAACAAAACAUUUCCAUUUAUUUGGAUCAAUAAAGAAUCUGAUUUUAUCUGUAAAUAUGAAUGAUAUCCGACUUCUUCAAUCACAAUGGUCAUUAAUUUGUAUAAUGCUACUAAGAGUCUUUUUAAUGGCUUCUGGCUGCUAUUGAUAUUUGAUUUUGUCUCUACAUUGAUAGAAUGACCAGGCAAUACUAAUUUACUAUCUAGUUAAAAAAGGAAGGUUAAUUUCUCUUAGUUUUUAAUGACAUGAUUUAUGUGAUAGUAAUGCAAAGCAGGUGUUUAUGUUAAUAUAUCAGUGGAACUCCUAAUUUUGUGACCAUCUAGCGACACCAAAGCAUGCCUGUAACAACUGCAAUGCUAGAAGACAGGAUCAACCAGUACAUAACGGCGGUAGAUCAAGCCACGGCCAGGAAUGAUUCACACCAGGUCUCCCAACUACAGCGUGACAUUCAGGUAAUCAAGUCUCCCAACUACAGGGUGACAUUCAGGUAAUCAUAAGUCUCCCAACUACAGGGUGACAUUCAGGUAAUCAUAAGUCACCCAACUACAGGGUGACAUUCACGUAAUCAUAAGUCUCCCAAAUACAACGUGACAUACAGCUAAUCAUAAGUCUCCCAACUACAGGGUGACAUUCAGGUAAUCAUAAGUCUCCCAAAUACAACGUGACAUACAGCUAAUCAUAUGUCUCCAAACAACAACAUGACACACACAUAGGUAUUCAUUGAAUAAAAAGUUAAGAAGUUGUAUUUUUUUCACAGCCUCUUCAUAUUAAUAAUAUCUAUUUUAUAUUCUUUAAGUUAGGAAUAUGAUUUUUUGAAAGGCAGACAUAUGAUUUUUCAGUCUGUGUUAAAAAUUCCUUAUGUGAUAUAAAAAUAUUUGCGGCUCAUAGCUAAAGAUUGUUAUGUUCAUAAUAGCUAAAGAUUGGUAUGUUCAUAAUAGCUAAAGAUUCUUAUGUUCAUGAUUUUGCAAAUGCUGGCAGUAACUAUUUCCUUUAUGUCAUUUUAGCAACUUGUAGAUCUCAUGGAAAGAAUUGGUAGGGGCCAAAGUUUUCCAGAGAAUGUCGUACCUCCACCAUUAGUCAUAGCACCUCAAAUAGGUAAGUCAUUUACAUUUCUGCAUCCGAAAGGUUGGUCUCUAGCCGUUCUUUUAUAUCAGUCCAAAGCGAAGUAAAUGGUGUGCUGGCAAAAAUGUAUCCAUUGAAUCACAACUGCACUUUAGAAAUUUUUUCAGUGUUCUAUUGACGUCAGUGUUUUAUUGAUGUCAGUGUUUUAUUGUCAUUUUUUUAAAUUUUAUAAUUGGCAGACGUACUUCCGAAUCCUCAUGUUGUGUUAUCUGCCCGGCUGGAUAACUAUCAUAAAGCUUUGUACUUUGCUGAAGAAGAACUCUCUGAAAAUAAGUUUAAUAAAAUCCAGCAACUUCAAAGAUGUCUUCAGGUAAAUCAUAGUUCAUUGUUUCUGUCAUUUCAUUUGUUUUUAUUUUUCAGAAUCUUGGUCUAGAACAGAAUCCCAGUAACCUUUUUUUUUCAUGCGCGCCACAAUGGAAUUCUGAGACACACCACAAUUUAAAAAAUGCAAAAAUAUGCCAAAUAACUCAAUGAGUAGAAAAAAUGUAAUACUAAAAGAUAUAAGAACUGUAUGUAUUGGACACAUUUCAGAGUUUAACUGUUUGAUAAAAGGCUCAACAAUGCACCUUUUGUAGCAAACGCUAUUUUUUGUCUUACCGACGACGUGCCUGCAUUUACUCUGUGAUUUUCCUACUUUUGUCUUGGGGGCAUUUUACGAGGCGCACAUGGCAUUAUCUCAUAGCGCACUAGUGUUCCACAGCACACCAUUUGCGAAGAUCUGGUCUAGAAGUUCAUAUUUUCCUGUUUGAGGUGGAAAAUUUUACUUGACUGUACAGUGGGGAUUGGUUGGCUACUUACCAAGACAACAAUACUUUGAGCCUAGUUUACCCCUAUUUCGUGCAAACUCUACUCACUGUCUAACAUUUGGCAUUUAUAUUUGUAUAAUCAGAUAGUCAAAGAUCUUCAAGAACGUGUGCAGGCUGGUAUGCCUGUCCGAGGUGAUGAAGUGCCUCCUCCUGUCCCGGUACCUUCUGAUGAUGGUAAUGUUAGACUUUUCGCUCUCUUGACAUCAGGGUUUCCCAACAAUUUAACGUUUCAGAGGGGACAUUCUGUCCCAGGCUGUAAAGCAUUAACUUUUUGAAAGGGGGCAGUGCUAGACAUGAGUGGGUGGGGGUGGAUACCAAACCUUUUCAGCUCCGCAGGUGAGACGUGGGGUAAAAAAGUUUGGGAAACAGUGCUUUAGAUUUGAUACAUAUUUUGCCAUUACUGGUCAUUUUAUGACCAUUGCUAGUGCAGUACAUUUUGUGACCAUUGCUAGUGCAGUACAUUUUGUGACCGUUACUGGUACAGUAUAAUUUAUGACCAUUACUAGUGUUGUACAUUUUAAGACCAUUGCUAGUACAGUACAUUUUGUGACCAUUGCUAGUAAAGUACAUUUUGUGACCAUUGCUGGUACAAUACAAUGUAUGACCAUUACUGGUACAGUGAAGUUUAUGACCAUUGCUAGUACAGUACAAUGUAUGUCCAUUACUGGUACAGUACAUUUUAUGCCCAUUGCUAGUACAGUACAUUUUAUGCCCAUUGCUAGUAAUGCUAGUACAGUACAAUGUAUGACCAUUACUGGUUCAGUACAUUUUAUGCCCAUUACUGGUACAGUACAUUUUAUGACCAUUGCUAGUACAGUACAUUUUAUGCCCAUUGCUAGUACAGUACAUUUUAUGCCCAUUGCUAGUACAGUACAUUUUAUGCCCAUUGCUGGUACAGUACAUUUUAUGCCCAUUGCUAGUACAGUACAUUUUAUGCCCAUUGCUAGUACAGUAUAUUUUAUGCCCAUUGCUGGUACAGUACAUUUUAUGCCCAUUGCUGGUACAGUACAUUUUAUGCCCAUUGCUAGUACAGUACAUUUUAUGCCCAUUGCUGGUACAGUACAUUUUAUGACCAUUACUGGCACAGUACAAUUUACGACCAUUAGAUGUACAUUAAAAACCACUGAACAACUUUGUACAUUGACCAGAAUUUGACAAUGAUGCCAUGAAGACACUGACCGACAGAAUCUCCAGCUACAAGUUGGCUUUAGUGGCAGCCCAACAAUCACAAGAAAGUGACAAGCGACACAUUCCAAAGAUUCAAAGCACCUUGCGGGUGAGUGUUUAGUGAUGUACGUACGUUGAUUCGUGAUACAUGGACCUGCGAGUCAGUGUUCAGAAAAUUCUUUUUUGAAAAAUCAAUUCAUCAAGAUUAGGGAAAGAAAUAUAUCCAAACCUAGAUAAAAAAAAUACCUUAAAAAAAAUUCAGCAAAUAUAGCAAAAUUUCUAUACAGGUCUUACUAUAAAACUUCUAUACAACUCUUAAAGUAAUAUUGAGUAGGAAUGAUAUGCUGAGAAAAAUGUGGGAUUUUAUGGUGAUGGGAAUUGAGAUAUAGGAUUUUAUGGUGAUGGGAAUUGAGAUAUAGGAUUUUAUGGUGAUGGGAAUUGAGAUAUAGGAUUUUAUGGUGAUGGGAAUUGAGAUAUAGGAUUUUAUGGUGAUGGGAAUUAAGAUAUAGGAUUUUAUGGUGAUGGGAAUUGAGAUAUAGGAUUUUAUGGUGAUGGGAAUUGAGAUAUAGGAUUUUAUGGUGAUGGGAAUUGAGAUAUGGCAAAAAAGACUAUUAUGUUGUUUUUUAAAUUGUCAACUUUACAUCUAUGUGUUUUGUAAAACAUGGACUGUACUUAGUGAGUCAGUGACUCUGGUCAUUCUUGUAUGUCUGUAAUGAGCAGAAGGUUAAGUAUAAGGGCAUGUCACCGCAAGUAUAAGGGCAUGUCACCGUAAGUAUAAGGGCAUGUCACAGUAAGUAUAAGGGUAUAUCGCAGUAAUUUUCCUUAUGAGACUGCAGUACAACCACCAAUUGAAUUAAAACUUGUAUUUUAUUCUAAUGUGUUAGUCUACUCUGUUCUUAUCGUUCAAGCUCUAGAAGUAUUUAUAAUCGAAUGCCAUUAUUACCAACAGUCAUUAGAGUUUUUGAUGACGAGGGCAAAAGCAAAUCGACCGGUAUGGAAAAAAGACAUCCCAGCUGAUUUUGAAUAUCACAAAAUGAGUCCAGGUAACUGAGGUCAAGCAUUAACCAUUACCAAAAAAUUAACUAUUACCAAACAACUAACUAUUACCAAACUUUUAACUAUUACCAAACAAUUAACGAUUACCAAACAAUUAACUAUUACCAAACAAUUAACUAUUACCAAACUUUUAACUAUUACCAAACAAUUAACUAUUACCAAACUUUUAACUAUUACCAAACAAUUAACUAUUACCAAACAAUUAAAUAUUACCAAUCAAUUAAUUAGAAGUGAAAUUCAACAUCUUUUUACAAGAAAUUUAAAAAAAAAAUUAUUUUGUUUAAUGACUGAGUUUCUCAAUGAGAAUUUUUGUGGAAAUAUUUCAGGGCAUAAGUGGGGUCGUCAGAAUAUUAGCAUGUCACGACAGACUCAUUCAGGGCAUGAAUGGGGUCAUCAGAAUAUUAGCAGGUCACGGCAGACUCUUAUCAUUUUCUUGAGGGACAUUGACUCUAUCAUAAACAACAGUGACAAAAAAAGUCUUUAACUGAAGUCACGGUGAAGCUGUGUGCAAAAAUUGGCUCACAAAUUUGGGUUCUUACAAUGCAUUUCCAUCUGUUCCGCACAACAAGGUCAGAUGAUCAAAUUUUGUAAGAUGAUGGCAGCAGUUGAAUUCUAGUUUUUAGAGCGGUCAGAGCAACGCUCAUUGUGACAUGUUUUGGUACCAGCACCUGACCUAUGUUGAAUAGCAAGUUGCCAGACUGCAAUAACGGGAUCUGAAUGCAGGCACAAAAAUUUAAUUGAUACAUAAGCCUAUAGCAGAAUAUCCACUGAGUUUGCCAAAACAAAGUAUUUCUUCUCUGCCAGCGACAGUCAAAAACUAUUUUUAAAAAUCAGGUUUUUAGAAAAAAGACAUUUUAGUCUUUAGUAGCAGAUAGCUUAAACUAACAUAUUAUUUUAUGGGUUGUGCUUAUGAGAUUGGUGGGGGGGGGGGGAAGAGUCUUUUGAACAAUUAUAUACAGUCAAUCGAAAAAUUGUAUCUUUUCAUAGUCUUUAGUAGCAGAUAGCUUAAACUAACAUAUUAUUUUAUGGGUUGUGCUUAUGAGAUUGGUGGGGGGGGGUGGGGCAGAGUCUUUUGAACAAAUAUAUACAGUCAAUCGAAAAAUUGUAUCUUUUCUCACAUUAGUUAUAUUAAGUAUUUUAUGUCUUCUAUAAACAUAUAUAUCAAAUAUUGUAUGUCUUCUACAAUCUGUUAUAUCAAAUAUUAUACUUCUUCUACAAUCUAUUAUAUUAAGUAUUGUAUGUCUUCUACACUCUACUAUAUCAAAAAUUAUAUUUCUUCUACAAUCUAUUAUAUUAAAUAUUGUAUGUCUUCUAAAAUCUGUUUUAUCAAAUAUUGUCUUUUGCAAUCUAUUAUAUCAAAUAUCAUAUGUCUUCUACAAUCUUUUAUAUCAAAUAUUGUAUGUCUUCUACAAUCUGUUUUAUCAAAUAUUGUAUGUCUUUUACAAUUUAUUAUAUCAAAUAAUGUGUGCCUCCUACAAUCUAUUAUAUCAAAUAUUUUAUGUCUUCUACAAUCUACUAUAUCAAUUAUUUUUUGUCUUCUUCUCCUCCAAUCAGCUAAGUCGUCCCAGUCAAAGAUGAACAAAGCCAAGUUUACACUACUGAUUCGGUCUUUAGUAUUGAGGACAGCCAAACUAAGUUUCAGAAGUCCAGAGAUGGAAACAAAGGCCAGGGGACAUCACUCGGUUAGUUUUAUCUAAUACAAUUUUAAGUUUAAGUUUUUUAAAUUGAAACGGAAGACUCUCGCAUGUGAAGAACUGGCAUGGUUGAAAUGAGGUUGUUGCCAACCAUGAUGGGUUGAACAGAAUAUUGUAGCAAAGACAACUUAGUGGUUGAAUAGAAUAUUGUAGCAAAGACAACUUAGUGGUUGAAUAGAAUAUUGUAGCAAAGACAACUUAGUGGUUGAAUAGAAUAUUGUAGCAAAGACAACUUAGUGUUUUAAAAUCAAGGGAGUUUAAUGAGUUGACUUAACUCUUUUUAUAGCAUAAUUUUUUUUUUUUUAAAUCUUGUGUGUGGGAUUAACCACUUAGAGUGCAGACAGUUUAUUGGCUUGUGCAGACAGUUGAUUGGCUUGUGCUGACAGCUUAUUGGCUUGUGCUGACAGCUUAUUGGCUUGUGCUGACAGUUUAUUGGCUUGUGCUGACAGUUUAUUGGCUUGUGCUGACAGUUUAUUGGCUUGUGCUGACAGUUGAUUGGCUUGUGCUGACAGUUUAUUGGCUUGUGCAGGCAGUUUAUUGGCUUGUGCUGACAGUUUAUUGGCUUGUGCUGACAGUUUAUUGGCUUGUGCUGACAGUUUAUUGGCUUGUGCAGACAGCUUAUUGGCUUGUGCUGUAUUGGCGCUUAAGCCAAAGUCUCAGCAUCCAGUUGUCAAAACAGAAAUUAAAUGCUAUGAUAAUAAAUACAAAAGAAUUAAAGUACUUAACUCAUUCCCGACGUUUGCGACUAAAUGCGUCUUUUACGGGUUUUGCCGGAUGCGUCCAAAUGCAUCCCGGCGCAUAGCGACACACCUCUCUCAUAUCUAUUUAAAAAUAGCAAUGAAAUCUCGCAUCCCUCGAGACUUCCCGCGAUGGCGUGGUUCAGCGUGAUUUUAAUUUAAAAAGCGGAAGUUUUUAUCUUGUUUCACUUUAAAACUAUGUGUGCUUUAAUACGGCGCGUCUAUAUGUAGCAUGUGUUCGUCCGAGGUGCCGAAAAUCCAUGUUUUGGUCAUUGUUCGUUAUUUUUCCCCCGCUAAUGUUAUAUUUAUAUUAAACCUUAUUCAUUUUUUGUUGCAUUUGUUCUUAAUUCGUUAACAUUAAAUAAUAUUUAGUAGCUUAAAUACAUAUUUAAAAAAUGUAAACAAUUUCAAAACAGGGUUACUUCCCUUUCUCAGGCAAAUAAAUUAAAUAAGGAAGUAGCAUUGCAGGAGGGAAUGAGUUAAGCAGUUGUUUCCUCCAUAAGGAAUUGACAUUUACUUUAAGAGGAUCUUUUUUAUUUUCAAAUUUAAAAUUGCAUUUUUGUACAACCCAGAAACUUGUUGGGAUUGAGAGUCAACUUUCCACAUCUGGCGCUGCCUGGCAACCCGACGAAGCUUUGCUCAAAGUGCUGACUAAACAAACUGAGGCGUUGGAGCAAAAGUCAAGUGAGUCUUAACUCUUGAUGCUCUACUAUCUACAUUUAACCCUGUAACUUACAAGUGCAUUUUUCUGUAGUGUUCAGCCAAUGUUAGCAUUUUCGAAAAUGAGAAAGUCCUAUACUAAAUAAGUUCCGAUUCCUUACAAGUAUACAUAUUCUGAAAGUACAUUGGAGAAGGUAUCUUGCAGUAUGAAAAUUAUUUGUUUUUAUAUUAUGUAUGCUGAUGUUGACCUAUACAGAGUAAGUAAAAUUUUACUACUCAACUUUUGCAUCAACCCAAUCUAAUACUCUAUAAUUGAUUAUCAGUGUCGUAAAAUCAACUUUUUCAAAUACUAAAAGCAAUAUUCUUUCAGAAAAUGUUAACUUCCAGGCACUUCAAAAUUGAAAAUUGUAAUUUUGGUAAAUUUCUUUCAUUUACUACCUAAAAAUUUCUGUCAUACAAAAUAGAACGGGAUAAAUCCUGAGUUCAAAAAUUCCUUUUCAAAUGAAGUCACUCAAUCCAUUUUUAUUCAUUAAGGCUCCAGAACAUACACAAACAAUGCACAAACAUACAUGUCUUUGAAUCUGUUUAGGGUAUGUAUUUGUGAUACAAUCUUGUGUCUUUUCUAUUCAAUCUCCACAAUUUCCCAAACAAUUAUGUCUGUAACAAUAUAACUAAGCUUAGGGCUAAAAUCGUUAUUAUCUGACUCUUGUGACGCUGUCACCGCUAGAGCUAAUAGCGUCAUUACUAGCACAUGGAACAUCUCUGAAAUCAUUGCUUUCAUUUUAAUCCAUUUGAAAUUAUUCCAAUAAAGAAAGUCUUUAGAGUUUGCAAUCUAGAGGAGCGCCCUCUCCUGCAUCAGACAUAACAGCAGUCAACAAAAUUGAGCAAAUUUCCGACCCGGUUAAUCACUGAACAAGCCUGUAUUCAAGCAAGUUUACACACAGCUAGAAACAAAAAUAGGAAGCAAACUCAUUUAUUUAGAAUGAUCUCCCCUUAACCAACAUUCUUUAAAUCAUCCGCAUUUUAAACGAGGAUUGAGCUAGCAGUGGAUUAUAUCAGCCGUGACACCACAGAAAGGGGCAUAACUGCAGGUGAUAGGCUGUUAUGCCGUUUUAGGGUUAAGGCUGUUUGUUUGAACUCACAGCAAAGAUUCUUCGAUGGAAUAGUUUCAUUACCAGAGUCGCCAGAGAAAGCAUCUUGUUAUUAUUAUGUAUGUUAUAGUCAGAGAUUUACUUUUUGAAAUACUGCUAUUUGUUUUAUUGUUUUAUUUACUUUAAAGUGGAAGAGAAGCAGCAGGACAUCCAGAAGACUGCAGAGAGUUUGUUUGCCAUAGAAACCAGGAUUGCAGAGUGUGAGAAUGUUGUCCUGAAUUGUGAAAGAGAAGAUUUUGCAAAUAAAGCAAAGCAGCAUCUAAAGGUUUGUCCAUGUGGCUAUGCUGUCAUGAGGAUAAUAAAGACCAAUAGUCUAGUUAAGGCCAUCUGUCUAGUUAAGACCAUCAGUCUAGUUAAGACCAUCAGUCUAGUUAAGACCAUCAGUCUAGUUAAGACCAUCAGUCUAGUUAAGUCCAUCUUGAAAGAUGUUAAAAUAAUUUUUAAAUAAAAAAGUUUUCACAUGUAAAAAUGGCAGCUGCUCACUAUUUACAGCCUACCAUUAGGUGACCAGACUGGUGUUAUAGGUCACUGUCAGCACACUGGUGUAAUAGUUCACUGUGUCAGCACACUGGUGUUAUAGGUCACUGUCAGCACACUGGCGUAAUAGGUCACUGUGUCAGCACACUGGUGGACUAGGUCACUGUGUCAGCACACUGGUGUAAUAGGUCACUGUGUCAGCACACUGGUGUAAUAGGUCACUGUGUCAGCACACUGGUGUACUAGGUCACUGUGUCAGCACACUGGUGUUAUAGGAAUGAGUUAUGUUUGUGUAUAGAAAUAUUGAUUGAUGUCAGGAGCUUCCAGAUGAUUAAAUUUUGGCAUUUAUUGUUUUCUUUUCUGACCAUUUAAUCUUUGUCAACAUAUCUCAUAUAAUAGAGACCUUACAGCUAAAAUAUGAUUCUUUGAAUGUACGAGUGUGCAGUAGAUACUAAGAAGCUAAGAGUGCCAGGUACAUAUUGACAUGCUAUUUUUCUAUUUUAUUGUAGAGCCUGUUGUCUCUGAAAGAAGCUGUAGAGAAAGGAGAAUUAGUUAACAUAGAAUUGCCUCCAGCCUUUGACCUGGCAUCCCAGCAACAAGUGUGUAUACUGUCAUUGGCUACUUACUGCUAGCAUUAUCUGUUGUAACAGUUUAACAUUGGCUACUUACUUUUAACAUUAUUCUGUUUUAACAUUUUUUAACUGUUUUUGUCAGUAUGAUGAUUAUAUUGUCUGAAUUUUGUCUUGCGAAAUAACUGAAAAUGUCUUUCUUUUAAAAAAAAAAAUGUAAUUUAAUCUACUUGGAUGCGUUUAUAAAUGUUCCUCCUUUCAUUGUUUUUAGAAAUCUUAAUUUUUAUUUCACAGACAGUAACUCCCAAUGAUAGCAUAUCAGGGACCACAGCACACCAGCCGACAGGGGCUACGGCACACCUGUCACCUGUCACUAUAAAACCUGCUGUUGAGACCCCCGAAGAUAAGCUGGCAAAAAAACUAUCCCAUUAUCUUGAAAAGGGAGAUGAACCCAAAUUAGAUAACCUCAAUCAAAGGACGGGUAAUGUCAAUUUGAACACAUCUCAGUCACCGCCACCUAUGUUAUUGCCCAAGGUGCUAAACUCUGCAAGAACUGAAGGUACACUUGUGGCACCAAACUUGACCACCCCUCAUUUCAGCGGAGAUUCUGGCAUUCAUUACAAUGGAUUUGAGUCCAGCCACCAACCCGCCGAGGAUGAACUUGGUGAAGAGAAGAAUGGUACAAUUGGUCCUUCGUCUAGUCCUGUAAACACAACAGUAGAAACAUCACCCCAAGAAACUCCACUUGAAGAUGAGAGGAGCUACGGACAAGAAAUAAGGAACAAGAAAGAAGAACAGGAGACCUUUAAGCCCCUGGCACCCUCGCCAAAGUCCACCGAUAUUUACAUUCGUAAAACUCUGGACAGUGUUGGUUUCCUGCCAUGUCAGAAUGUACCGGAACGUCCGCUCUUAAAUGGCAAGACUUGUGCUGAUGUAAAACUCAAUAGUUCUGCAUUUAGCAGUGAAAGUAAAUCUCUGCAUGGUCUUCUUAAAUCAGAUGCACCUUCAACUGAUCUCCCUGGUACAGAUGUUGUCCAGGAUGUCCCCCAGCAGCAGUUCCAGUCAGGUGCUGCUGAGACAAGCUCAAUGGAUGUCCCAUCAAAUAAUCCUGUUGAUAUUGAAGAAACAGUUUUGAGGGGUGUGGACGGUCCAUCUAGUUUACCAGUGGAAAAAUCAGCCAGUCAUUUUUCCGGCGGGUCAAGUUCAGCCGCUCAUUUAACAAGUGGGCAGUCAAGUCUUCCAGUUUCAGUACAGUUAAAUGCCGACACAAGCCAAUCCCAUGGACAGGUUUUAGCUGCUGGCACUAUUCAAAGUACAAAUACACCAAGUAGGGGCUCGCCAUUGGCUCACGAUCACAGUGCAUAUCAGGAAAAAGGUAUAACUAACAAAGAGAGCCUUAGUACCAAUGUUCCUGAAGAGAAAUGCAUCAACAGUCUAGAAGAUUUGGGUGUUGCAGACAUGGACAUCUCAGAGCUGAAUGGCCAUUAUCUGGCACCGGACAUUGUGAAUGACUCCACUGAGUUCCAAGAUUUGAUGGAGUCCAUGACAAUGCCGUCUUUGACUUCUGGUUCAUUUCAACCAGAGACAGAUCAACCAAUACCUAUUUUGCGGUCUAAUGUUGACCCAAUGAUGGGAUCUGAUAAACCUGUACAGCAGAAUGUCAUUACAGGGACACAAAUUUUAGACCCAAGGGUCAAGUUAUCUGGAGACAAAUUUGACUCAGAGAAUGACUUGAUCUUGUCGGAUAGAAGCACUGUCAGUGAAGUUGCUGGACGUCUCACCAGUCAAACAACAGUUGUGGAUACUAAUCCAAACCUUCCUAUCAUUUCAAACAUUCAAGAAAAUCAUGUGACAUCUGUCAGGCCCAAAGAUGUCGACUUAACAUUUUCACUACGAACUGAAUCUAAACAUAGUGGGAAUGUUAGGCAUGGUGGCUUGCCACAUAGUGGGAAUGUUAGGCAGGGUGGCUUUCCCAAGUUAGAAUUCCCUGCGGUCAGUGUUACACAAGACACCAGAGAACAGGUCAGAUCUGAGCAUUUAUCUGGUAACCAAAGAUCAGAUGAUAGAUUGGCUACAACAAAUGGCUUACAAAAUGAGUAAGUGCUUAAAAUAAUAUAGUUUGCCAUGGUUCAUCUAUUUAUAUAAUUUGGUGAAGCUUAAAAGAGAUCUUUAUAUAAAUCAGCUGUGAAUUACGUAAACAAAUUCUAUCAGGGUAAAUAUGCAGUACAGUUUUUCAGUAAGAUUUAAACUAGAUUUAUAAACAAUUCUGACACCACUUAGUGUAUUGUAACUUCUAAUCUAUCCUGUAAUUGUUCCAGCAUUGCUUUCACUUGCCUGGAAAACUUAAAGUACCAUUUUCUCAUAGAGGAAGCGAAGGUAAGAUUUUAUAACCAGAAUUACUUUCACUGACUUUCAGAUUAACUUCUUUAAAUAUAUGUAAAGCUUAAAGAAUAUCAUCAAAUUUUUCUCAUAAUGUGGCUCAAUCUCGUGUCUUAAUUUUUUUGGAGUCCAUUAAAUUUCCUAUAAACUUUAGGCCUUCCUUCACAUUACUUAAACUUUAGGCCUUCCUUCACAUCACUUAAACUUUAGGCCUUCCUUCACAUCACUUAAACUUUAGGCCUUCCUUCACAUUACUUAAACUUUAGGCCUUCCUUCACAUCACUUAAACUUUAGGCCUUCCUUCACAUCACUUAAACUUUAGACCUUCCUUCACAUUACUUAAACUAUAGGCCUUCCUUCACAUUACUUAAACUUUAGGCCUUCCUUCACAUUACUUAAACUUUAGGCCUUCCUUCACAUUACUUAAACUUUAGGCCUUCCUUCACAUCACUUAAACUUUAGGCCUUCCUUCACAUCACUUAAACUUUAGGCCUUCCUUCACAUCACUUAAACUUUAGGCCUUCCUUCACAUCACUUAAACUUUAGGCCUUCCUUAUACAUCCUUUAAAACCAACAAAACCUUACUAAACAAGACCUGAUUACAAGUUUUCAAGUUUGAAUUUGAAAAGUAUGAAAUCAACUCCACAGCCUCUAUCCAAGCACAUUCAUUUGUUGAAUAAAUCCUUUUGGUUUGUUGUAUUUGGUAGGGAACACCGGCAAGUCUAAGUGAGGCAAGUUCACUGCGUGAUAAGUUUGAUCAGCUGAAACAGAGGUUGAGUAACGGCACACUACAUUUAUGGGAAGGUGAGACACUAUAUCCCCAUAUUUUGUUACCUGACUUUAUCUUGUAAGAUUCAACUUCCAAUUGCCGGUGCUAGGAAUUAAAUUUUUGCCUCAAAAAUUAUUUUAUUUUAAUAUUGAUUUAUACUUCAUCCAGAAUGAACAAAAAUCCUUUAACAGGAAAAGAAAAACUUAUUUUGUUUUGAUGCCGGUGUUUAGAAAGAGUUUUAUAGUUUAUAGCUAAAUACAGAAUAUAGGACCAAUGGGUUAAAUCAUUUGUUUUCAAGUCAUUAUUCUGUAAAUGUGUAGAAUACAGAGCAUGUGUUGAAUCAGAGUUGGCAUCCCUCGUACACCAGAUUGAGGAGAAGAGAUUGAUACAGCGUUGGACAGAGGUCAAAAUUUUGUGCGAAAUGAAAACCAUUGCAGAACGAGAGGUGAGGAAUCGAGUAUUCAUUUCUUAAAAUUUUUUUUUUUUAAACUUGCUACUUGUAACAAUUUUCAUUUAGAUUGCUUUUAUUUGGCUUAUUUAUUUAUUUUAAUAAGUGCUGCACCAUGCUUUUAUUUGGCUUAUUUAUUUAUUUUAAUAAGUGCUGCACCAUGCUUUUAUUUGGCUUAUUUUGUUAUUUUAAUAAGUGCUGGACCAUUUAAUUAAAUUUUGUAAAGGUUUUUACUCAUAACGUCUGCUUUUGUUUUUCAGCUUGUCAUUCUAAGAGAAAGACUCCCAGAAUUAAUGUAUUGAAUCUUUGACACUUCCUGACGAACAGUUGCACGUAUUCAUUUAUGGGACAUAUUUCAAGGCUUGGAGUGGAACCAUUGUGUUUAUUCAUUAAGUAUUUAAAUGGUACCAAAAAAAAUUGUGCAUAUGUUCCAAACUAAAAAAAAAAUAUUUAAAAAAUUAUGAGUUUCAUAAAGAUAGAGAAACAAGUUUAUAAAAUUUAAUAUUCAUGUUUAAAUUGGUCAUAUUAGAUACAUUUUUAUUUUGGUAUAUGUUCAUGUGUUAAAGAAAAAUGAAACUGUCUUUAUUUAAUGAACAACACUGUGAUAUUGGCGACUAUAGAAUCAAAUACAUGCAACACUAAGCUGUACAAGUGCCAAAGCUUUUUGUACUUACAUUUUUUUACAGUCUUUUAAUUCUGCUAAUUCUGCUAUUUAAAUGCACCCAUUAAUCAUUUAAGGUCAACAAAUUUUGAUGGUCAGUUGCGUUGAGCAGACUUGUUAGCAUCUGUUGAGGGAUAGCUCACGUACAUUUUUUCCAUGAGGAUUGCCAUAGUAUUUAAUUAACUUUCUGUUGUAAUUAUUCCUGCACAUAAUGUGUUUCAUUAGAACAGGCUGGUUUUGAAACACUAAAUUAGUUUCCCCGAAAAGGUGUUGGGAUGGAGUCCCAUAAAAGAAAAUUGUUUAUUUUAUUGAUGCUUUUAUUUUAAAGUUUAUGUACUGGUACUGAUAAUAAUAUGUCUGUUUAUGAUGUUAUUCAAAAAUUCUUCAUAACUCAAAAAUUUGUGUAAAAUAUUGUCAAAGAAUUGAGACUAUAUUUAACAGCUGCAUUACUUGUAUUAUUUGUGUGGCAUUCUGGGUGUCAUGGAGGGCGGUCUACUUACCGGUAGCCUAAACUUUUGUUCAAAAAGACAUUGCAGUUCAUUUUCUUUUAAUGAUAACAUGCAGUUUUAUGACAUAACCCCAGUUAAACAUACGUCAUAACCCCAGUUAAACAUACGUCAUAACCCCAGUUAAACAUACGUCAUAACCCCAGUUAAACAUGUCAUAACUCCAGUUAAACAUAUGUCAUAACCCCAGUUAAACAUACGUCAUAACCCCAGUUAAACAUAGGUCAUAACCCCAGUUAAACAUACCUUCAAUUCUAAUCAAUCCAUAAUCCAAGUCUAUUGAUCUGUUCCAUCCUAACCAUUAAAAGACAGGUCAAAGGAAGAUUUGUCAAUAUUUACCCACAUGGUUUGUUUUCGUUAAAGAAGUCUUUAUUCUGGACAAUUGACUAUAAUUAAAAUUUAUGAAUGUCAAAGGUGGCUAUAAUAAUUCUUUGUUUAUUUGUUGGCCAGUCAGUUAUUUUUACAGCUCUUCGGAGAAAGUCCUUCAAGUUAACCCACCUGGUGCUUCCACUCAGAGUUGAGAUUUGGGAUAUUAUUUUAGUGUGUUGCCACCACCUGGAUGUGGUCAAAUGCAGCUAAGAUUGAACAUUUGAAAUUGUAUUUGUUAUAAAAUUGAUUGCAUUACUAUCACAUCAAAUUGAUUAGCCAAGCGUUACAUAUGUUCUUCCAGUUUCAAGGACACGUGGUGUCGAAACAUUUCUAAGUGUUACAUAGCAACUUUGUUUUUGUACCGUACAUAACAUUCCCACAGAAUCGUCAAACUUUGCUGCACUUUUAAUCUGUCAUUUAUCAUGACACCAAGGAGCGCCUUUUAGUGUUAUUGUCGUCAGCAUAGUUCCUCCUCAAGGUCAAGGCUAAAAUGUUAGAUAAUGCGGAUGAAUUUUGACUCCUUGGAUAUCAUGAAAAGCUGUCCAUGAAUUGCAACUGUUUCUGAUCAAUUAAAAUGUGUGCUCUCCCUUUGAAAAUAUUAAUGAAAAUAAAUUUUAGUUGUAUAGUGUAAGGACUAAGUCCUGUUGGAUUUAUCACACUGAACAUUUCGGUUCAGGAAAAAUUAGGACUCAAUAUUUUAUAAUGAUGAACCUGAACAGAGACUGCAACAAUGCAAUAGCAAUGUGUUUGGUCAUAUGCACUGAUGGAUAAAUGUGUUAGUGAGAUGCACUUUAGUUCUUUCGAUAUUUGUGGACGUGCUUUGAUCCCCAACACCACCAAGUGAAGUACUAGACAGGCUGUAUCAUGGUUUGAUCCUCAACACCACCAGGGGAAGUACUAGACAGGCUGUUUGAUGAUUUAAUCCACAGCACCACCAGGGGAAGUACUAGACAGGCUGUUUGAUGAUUUGAUCCUCAACACCACCAGGGGAAGUACUAGACAGGCUGUUUGAUAAUUUGAUCCCCAACACCACCAGGGGAAGUACUAGACAGGCUGUUUUUGAUCCCCAACACCACCAGGGGAAGUACUAGACAGGCUGUUUUUUGUUUUUUAUAGAAUGCACUGGUAUACAAUGUUCACUUCUCCUACAAAAAUCGUACAAUUGUGAUGUUUGUUGUAGCAUUUGUUAGUAUUAUUGACUGUUGUAAAUCAACAGCUGCCGGUACCACUGUUUAACUCAACAACUAUGCAUAAUACAAUGACAGUCAGGGAUCGUUGUUUCUCAACCUUGAUCGUUUAAGGUGAAUGUUCACCUGUACUUGAAGUUAAUUAAAUGGCUUCGUUACUUCUUUUAAAUUUCAUCUUUAUUAAAUAAUUUAAAACCCCACACCAAGAAAUAUAAUUAAUUAAAAAUGUGGAGCAGCUUUUCGUGUUACUCCUGAGACCAGCCUGUCAGUUAAAACUUAUUACUUGACUGUUAACAUUCUCAUCUCAAAGAAUUAUCAUUGCCUCAAUCAUUAAUGAAAAUUAUUUUUUCUCUUUUAACUUGCUUGUUAAAAACCAACAAUUUUUGGGGUCAAAUUAAAGAGUCUUUAAAAUCAUAACAAUUUCAUCAAUAUUCUUUUAAGUAAACAAUGCAUCACAUUGCAGCAGUUACAUAAAGUUAGCAUUUUUUUAAAAUAUGUGGACCAGUUUGUAACUCAUUGCCCAGCUACAGGUUAACUUUUACAUGUGCAAUACAUGAAUGCUUACUACAAUACAUGGAAGGCAAUGUCAGCAUGAAUGUUUACAUGUACAAUACAUGGAAGGCAAUGUCAACAUGAAUGUUUACAUGUACAAUACAUGGAAGGCAAUGUCAACAUGAAUGUUUACAUGUACAAUACAUGGAAGGCAAUGUAAACAUGAAUGUUUACAUGUACAAUACAUGGAAGGCAAUGUCAGCAUGAAUGUGUACAUGUACAAUACAUGGAAGGCAAUGUCAACAUGAAUGUGUACAUGGAAGGCAAUGUCAACAUGAAUGUUUACAUGUACAAUACAUGGAAGGCAAUGUCAACAUGAAUGUGUACAUGUACAAUACACGGAAGGCAAUGUCAGCAUGAAUGUGUACAUGUACAAUAUAUGGAGAGCAAUGUCAACAUGCACAUGUCAUGCUUAGCUCUUGUACAUUUCAUCACUGUAACAAGUUUUCAAAAUUUUAUAGGGUCACUAAUAACUUUAAGACAAACUUUUAAAUAUUUGUUUAAAUCAUGUGAUAGAAAAUAUACUUUCCACUAAUUCAAUUUUUAAACAUAUUUUUACAGGACAUGGGCAAGGCCAUCUUAAUAUAUUGGAAAAAAAAUGUAUUUUUGAAAAAUCUGCUGAUGCAUUAAGCAAGUUAAAGCAUUGAUUUGCACUUGCCUGAUUUUUACUAAUUUAUGUCAAAUUGUAAACUGACACAUUUUCUUAUUUACUGUCAAUCAAAUUGUUAUAAUACUUUGUAUUAUUUGUAUAUGAAUUUUAUAUAGAGAGAUAAUUUAUACCUAGCUGGCGCUGAUCCGAGGGAGGGGGGCACACAGGAAAUGAAAGGAGUGAACUGUCUUAUAUAAAUAAUCUGUUGACCUAUAAGCCCCAUGUCAUAUCCUACUGAUCUGCAUGUCAUCUCCUGAUUAGUAUGUCAUCUCCUACUGUUCUGUAUGUUGCUCACUCCUUCAUCAUCUUUUAGAUCCAGUGGCCAUUAGGGCAUGUGUCCUUUGGCAUAUGAUUACUGCUUAAAAAUAAAAAAAAUCCAUUUUUGUUUGUAAAGCCUAAACUUAAUGUUGGUUGCCAUUGUUGGUGGUGGUGAGAGUCUUGUUGAUGCCCUUUCAUCAACUCUUCUGUUUCAAGAAACCAAAAAUGCUGACUGCCCUACCUUUAUUGAUGAAAGAAUUUAACUCAAGUGCUGAACCUGUUAAGUAUGCAAUAAAAGUUUGUCCGAAGGGAGAAUGAAAAAAAAAAAAUGGAUUUAAUUGAUUUGACUGAAGUAAGACUGAACAAAAACAUGAAUUUAAUUGAUUUACAGAUUUGGCUGAAGUUAAGUUUUGUUCAAUCCAUGUCUUUCUCAUUUCACAAUGUUAACAUCUAUGUCUUUUUGAAUAAUGUUAUAUGAAACUGGAAUAUCUAACUGAGAAUAUUGACAAUAUAUAUUAUAUACCAUAACG